CCCCCUCUGUCGUUCCACCAGCUGGCUCAUCUCUACCAAGACCCCCUGUUCCCAGGGUUCCCUUUGUCUGACAAGGAAGAGAUCGUCCAGACACCCCCUUACUCUUAUAUCCACACUGGAGAGGACCUGCCACGAGAUGUCAACAUCCUGAGGUUUUUCUUCAACCUUGGUGUGAAGGCGUUCACCAACCCCAUGUGGCCCCCCCCACUCUUACAUCCUCCCUCUUCACCAGGCCUACAGCAUGCAGCCCAAACUACCCUCAGUCUCCUUUCCCUCUUCCCACUGGUACCCCUCCCACCCUACCACCGCGCCCCCAGGAAGGGUACGGACACCCCCCACCCUCAGUACCCCACCCCCUCGGGUUUGGGGGGGCCUCCAGAGAUCAACCCCCAAUCAGCUGCAGAACCUCCCCAGCAUAUGGAAUUCCGACACGGGCAGGAUGGUCAGCUCCGCGCUGGGGUACCCUUCCAACCGUCACUUUCACCCUGCCUCAACCCAGCCCCGUGGCUCUUUACCCUGGUGUAGUAACGUUACCCCGCGACCGAACGCUUACGCUGGGGUAUGCUCUGUACCCACACCCCUGGCACAAUACUCUCCACAAGCGCCCCAACCUGCACCUACCAACCAGUACCCUCCUACGCCCCAACCUGCACCUCCCAACCAGUACCCUACUACACUCCAAUCCUCUACCCAUACCUCUCAAGCUCAGCCCUACACUCCAGCUCCAGCCGCCUCCCCUCCCUCCGUACCCCAGUACCGAUCAGCGUCUCUGGGGUACCCUACUCCGAGGCUGCCCAGUGGGAACCAGACCCAGGGACCGCUGGAUCCUCACCCCGCCAGCGGUGCCUCUUCCCUGGGUAUGAGGUCCAGCCACCGCCCCCUAGAGAACCAUAAUGCUAAUACUACCUCUGUUGUCAAUGUUACUACUGAUGCUGCUGCUGCUACUACCUUGUCUAGUACUACUGCUUCCAACACAGAAAGAGCUUUACAGACUGUUCUUGCAGGCUUCACAGACAGAGGACAGGGAGACAUGAAGAUGGCUGGCACUCUGCUGGUGAACCCUCCUCUUCCUCCUUCUGAGCAGGUAAGUCUUGAUGGAGCAGUAAUGGGUCGUGGCUAAGUGGGCUACAUCCUA